UGAGUCCACAAGCCGCGCUGCCCACACGUGGGUUGGCCUCAAAGAAAUCGUCAGCUCUUACCACCACUUACUCUUCGCCUGACUGGAGAGGAUCCCGGUUUAUAACUGCAGACAUGUUCCACACAUUUCCUCAGGAACUUUUCGACCGCUUCGUGGACGAGCUCGUAUCUCCCGAUACAGGGUCUGCCGAUCCUAAUAUUCGAUCCUGCCUCUUCAUAUCACCCUUACGACACCGAGCCUUGACGUUGAUCUUCAAGAAGGUCACUGUUAGGCUGGAUCACCCACACGAGACCCGUCAGCGCCUCGCAAAUCUUCUCCGAAUCAUCUCACCUCGCCCUCGCACAAAACUCAACGGAAUUCGCCCCUACAUCAAAGAGAUCGCCUUCGAAUUCGACUUAAACGGGAAGCAGGCGACGGCGAGAGACGCCCUCCAAACCAUAUUAUCAUGCAGGGAGUUCACCGAUCUGAUAAAGGCAAUCCAAGGAAAGGAUUACGGCCUGCGCGGACUGGCAUUCGACAUCCAAGCUUCUUUCACUUCUUACCACCCUGGCCCGGAGAUCGUCAAAGCGCUUUCCCCCAUCAUUACCUCCCCGUUUCUCCGUUCAUUGACGCUUACGAACUUCACGGAAGUACCGGUCACCUUCCUCGCGGGGGCUCAUAUAGACGAGCUCCUUCUGGAAGAUGUUCAGUUUCGGGAAUCUGCCAGGCUCGGAGGAAGGCGGUUAACGGCUGUUGCACGAUGGCCGCAGAUAAGAUCCCUCGCCUGCGACGCACCCCUUCCCAAGGUUCUCUUGAACCCCACCUCGACCUCACCCUUCCGAAAUCUCGAGAGUUUUUCGAGAGCGUCCAAAGGUCCCGAGCAAGUUUCCGAAGCUUGGAAAAUCCUCUUCAUGACAGCCGACACUCUUAGGCAUGUCAACCUCGAAGGAGACGGGGAAUUGUUCCAUUGUGACGGCAAACGUGCCUACAUCAGUCGCGCACCCAAUCUUGCCUCGCUUCAGCUGGCCUAUCCCCUUCGUUUGAAGUUUGAUGUUGAACUCGACACCGGCCGUGAAAGCGUCGCAUUUUUUACAACGAUGCUAGCCGUCCCAGUCGCUAUGUCGAAUCUCGAGAAGCUGACUCUCACAGGGCAUCUUGCCGGUGGCCCUGACGCGCCCAGGUUCUCCCUCAAUGGAGGAACGGACAAUAUCCUCCUCGCUGAGGCGAAGCCAGAGUGGGAAGCGCUGGAUAACCUCCUGACAGGACCGAAGUAUCCUUCGCUCAGGCUGUUGAAGCUUCGCCUCAGUUUUGACGUUUUCGUCAUAAAUCGCUUACUGUUUUCAGAGGGGUUGAUCGUCGGUGCCGGUUGGAUUUCGACGCAAACAUUCGAGGAAGCAAAGCGCUGCCUCUCAGGCCUUCGUCAAAUCAUAGUGCCUACCACGGGAACUCGACUUGUAGGAGUCGGCCGCUACAUCAAGUACGCUAGGUUCAUGUUCUCGUUUGACGGGGAGAACUCAGCGGCGAUUGAUAUGAUUCAACGAAUACUCGAUGACGAAGAUCUCAACAUUGUCUUAAAUUCCCUGCAUGGACACGACUACGGCGUCGAUGACGAAGAUCUCAACAUUGUCUUAAAUUCCCUGCAUGGACACGACUACGGCGUCGAUCACCUCGAAUUCCGUCUGCUUCCACACCUCUAUUGGGAAGGCCCCAUCGCGAGCAUCACGGAACCCUUAUUGUCACUCAUAGCUUCUCCAUCCCUUCGCAAAUUGUACCUCACGCGCGUGAAGGACGUUCCGGUCACAUUUCUGAACGACACACAUAUAACCAGCCUUCAUCUGGACAAAUUUGGGUUUCUGGAGCCUACCGGAGACGAUCUCUGUGCCUCCUCUCUCCGAUGGCCGACGCUAGAUGACUUCUUUUGCGACUCGUCAUUACCGAGUAUCUUGAAGAACGCCCAUUCAAAUUCGCCAUUCAGAAAACUGACGAGCUUCGGGGUUGUCUGCUACGAUGAGGACCAUUAUGUCAACGCCUGGCAGACUAUAGCAAUAGCGUCUCAGACGCUGGUAGAAAUCAACAUACAAGCGUACGACUCGGGAGCUGUACUUGAUGGACGGAUCGAUCUCAGCCAAAUUCCUAAUCUUGCCUCCUUGCAGUUGACCGAUGGGACGUCACCGGUGCAGUUCUUCCCGCAGGAUGGGCAGGAGAGCAUGCCAUUUCUCAUUGCUAUCCUUGAUGUCCAACGUCCCAUCACCAAGCUUGAAAAGCUGCUCUUCUCAGUUCAUCUGGCUGGAGACGCCCCAGACCGCAAUGCCGGUUUCUAUGACAUCCUCAUCUCUGAACCAAACUCAAGGUGGGAGUGGCUGGACGAGCUACUCACAGGUCCAAAAUUUCCUUCUUUGAAGGUCGUCGACGUGAUGUUCGCCUUCGACUUCACCAUUCACCCACUUGACCACCAAAUGACCGAACCCGGUAGGCAUUUCGAUAUCGACGCUUUUGAUAAGAUGUUCCUCCCCAGUGUCAAGGCACUCUUCCCGCGUCUCCGACAAUGCGAUCGCAUUGAAUUUGACAUCACAGUGGACACAACAGCGGAUAUAAUUUCUACGUGAU